CCCAAAGUUUCAUUCUUGGUUGUUUCUCUCUGGACCGUCAAAAUUCGAGCUCCUGACCGCCGCCAGCUGCUGGUGCCGCUCAGAAAACGUAGGACACUAGCCGCUAGGCGCGGUCUCUUGAGUGGGAAUUCCCAAUAUUUCCUUCCAAACGCAAGUCGUGGCUUGCAUAAGUUCUUCUUUUUCUUCUGGCGCAUCUCGCUAAUUUUGUGGGCGUCAUCUUUGGUCUUCUCGUCGGCUCGCUCCCUCUUGUCUUGUUCGCUUUGUACCUGCAUUCACUGCUAGCCACCGUUGCCGAGAUGACCGUACAGGAUGACAGUGUACAUGUCUCCAAUUUCCUUUCGCGUUUCCCCUUUGGAUAAAACAGACUGUGAGAAUAGACUCGACCUUUCUCUCGCCUCCUGUCGUCUUUCGACUUCCGUGCAGCUGUCGUUCUUUCACGGCGGUCUUUUCUCCAGUGUACUAACUACCUGACUUUGCCCUGAGAAAGCUGCCCGUUUCGGUGAGACUGCGGUCCUCCGUACGGUUUUCUUUUUGUGAACUCUACAGAGUUUCUUCUGUCAAGAAACAAGUUAGAGGCGACUCCUUCACACGGCGCACUUUGAUUCUUUAGCGUUCGUGGGUCUGCUACUAGAGCCGUUCUGGGGUCCGUCUAUCUCAAGCUUUAGUUCGCUGGUUCCUUCCCACCAAAACUUUUUCCGCUUACCAAUCCCUGGGGAAGCCAGAGGUUGCGUUGCAAACACUAUUAGAGACUUGUCUGUCUCUGCCCAUGCCUUUUCACUUCUUUCGGUACAGUCAUGAAGAACUCCUUUCUCCACUACCCUGUUCUUGGUGGCUUGGCUUCUUGGAGGAUCUUACGUGUCUGAGGUAGCAGUGAAACGGCCCAAGCAGACUCCGCACCGAUUUUUUCUGCUUUUCUGGGUGUGUCCGCCGACAGCAUCACCACAUGAAAAACUGUCGCGCGUCACCGUCCCGUGUCCCGUGUGGAGGAGCUCUUCUACGUCCCCAUCGCUUUGUCUUCGAUCGCCGGAAAGGGUGUUUUCCCUCCCAUUUAAAUUCGACCCCGAUAUGUCCUGCGAUCGAAAAUGCGAGUGCCAUUCUAUCUGUCUCUGUACCCCGCAUCAUCGUUUGAACACCUGACCAGCAUGUUGAGUGGAUGAAGUACAGCGGUACCGAGCGCAUAUUUGGAAAACCAGCAUGUGCAUGCCUCCAGAUCAGGAACAAUAAGCCUACUCACUCGUUCAGCGAAAAGCUCUGUCUACAGCCGCAGGUUUCUCCAGCUUGGCCCUGCACCGCAGAAGGAUCCCGCUGCUCUGGCUCUGCUUUCCAGUAGCAACAUCCCAGCGAGCAGUUUUGCGUUUUCCUUGUCUCUGGAAGCCUCUGCCUCCAUAUGGAGGCGUCGUAGACCACAGCCGAGCCCCUGUCAACAUGCAGCGUCCCGCGCCCUGCCUCCACCUGUUCAACUAGCUGUCGGUAUUGUUUCUGCUGGAGGUGCCUUAGGUCCCUCGUUCCGUAGGAGAGGAAGCGUGGAGCCACACGCCUCUUCCCGAGGUUGGUGUCUGGUGCGCCCUCUAUGUUUGUCUCUAGCAACGAAUCGGUUCUUUUCAAUCCUCAAGAGAACCUGUGAACUCCAACAUGUUGCCUCGCAUGCAAAGCGAACGAAGCGUGGCACGCCAAAGCUUGGGCGCCACUCGUUCUCGAUGUCUCCUGCGUUUUGCGACGAAAAAGUGGGCGAGUCGAGGCCUGGGGUCCUCGAAUCGCCCCGGGAGGCCGCCGCCGUCUUCUGCAGCAGGUCACAGGGCUUCUUGCCCCUUGUUUCCCCGCUCAUCUUUCUCGGCUUCCUUCGCCCUUCGUUUUCUGUGUCCUGUGCUCUGCUCGCUCCUUCUCGCUACUCUCUUUUUUGUGAGCCCCCGAGAGGUCGACGCACUGAAAUUUCGGGGCAACGGCGGCAGGCACCUGAAUGCAGAGCUCGACGGGAACUGGGCUAAACGUUUCCAGGAGACGCAGCGUGCGGCUCCCCCAGACUCUUUCUUCGUUUCUGACUCUGAAAUUUCUGGGCGAACGUCGUUGCUCUCUCUCGCCUCUUCUGAACAAGGUACUUCCACGGUCGACUCUCGGUUUGUCGGUCUUUCUGGGCAGAAGCCACGGCACGUCUGGGGAUCACAAGAAGAGACAGACGAGAGAAGAGAAGAUAGACAAGAAGAAAGUGAAGGACGUCGUGGAAACGAGGACGCAUACCACCCACACACGUUCUCCCACUCCUCGUCUUCUAUGCCUUUUUAUGGCGCCCUGUUUGACUCAUCGUCCGCGUUUCCCCCCUUUUCUGCCGCGGUCUCUUCGCCUCCUUUCUCCAUGACAGUCUCACCUGCGGACCGAGUGAUCCAGGCGCUUCCCAUCGCCUUUGCAGAACACAAGAGCGGCGGGGAGAAAGCCUCGCGGGAAGAGACAGGAGGAAAGAAGGAUGACCAAGCCCUCUCGUUUCUAGGCGACACGAAGUCUGCCUCUGAGUUGAAUCCUCCGCGUCUGGUUUGCCCGGACAAGCCUCCAACUUUGCCGCCGAGGGAGGAGCAAGUGCGAAAAGCCUACGCGUUGCCUCUCUGCGAAUUACCCUGGGAUGAUCUCGGUCCUAUGCUCGGGUCAGGCACCUUUGGGCGUGUCUAUCCCCUGCGACGACCUGCAUGCACCGAAGUGACGAAGGGCUUCGUCGGCAGGAAAUUCGCCGUCAAGAUUUUCUGGCUCAAGCGGAAAGGAAUGAUGAAUCUGUUCGACACCAUCAGCCAGGGCGGAACACCCUCUGCCGAACAAACCGACCCCGGCACCAUUGCCACGAUCAAAUCCGAGAUCAGGUCGCUUCCGACCUCGAGUUCGGCCUUCCGCGACAUGGUUCGCAUCGCAGAUCCGACAGUGGACGUCGAAAAGAUCAAGGGGAUGGCAGACUCGUUGACUGUGGAGACCAUUAUGACGGAGGCGAAGACGCUUCGGACCGUCAUCAACACGAAUGGCUUCUACACAGAAGUCGGGGAAACGGGAACGAUUUUCACUCAAAUGGAAAAAUUCGUCCAGACACACCGACCAGAAAUUUGGUCAACUCUCUCGAAGGCAUCGCAGGAGGCGCAAGCAUCGAAAUAUGCAGAAAUCGGACUUGCAGAUAAUCACUGGAGCCUGCCUCUGGCGCGCGUUCUCGUGAAAGACAAGAAUGACGUGAAGCACUGGGCACUUCUCAUCGAGUUGUUCGACGGCGACCUCCAGCCGAAGACGGACAAAACCGGGUAUUCUCUGGACGGGUGGAACGCGAAAUCCGGAGGCAACGUGGUUCUGCGAGAAAUCUUCUCUUCUCGCGAGGCUCUCAUCGGCCUCACGUCCAAAUUGGUGAAGCCCUUCGUGGUGAUGCAGAACCUCUACAGCUUGGGUCACUUCGACAUCAAGCCGCCAAAUCUGUUGUACAAAUACUUUCCGGGAGAGAAGGGCAGAGCCGGUCGACUGUCGGUGGCGGCGGGUGACUUCGGGAUGGCCGGAUUGCUGCAUGGAGACAUGAUUCUGCGGGGGACUCUGGCCUUCAUGGCUCCCGAGAUGGAGCGCGUGUCGGGUGGCUUAGUCGCCAAGCCCUCGUACGACGUCUACGCUCUCGCCCUCACUCUCGCGUCCUUUUGGACUGCUGCGACAGAGCUCAGAGACCACUAUCCGUGGGUGGAGAAAUGCAUCAAGCCGACGCUGAAGAAGAUGAAGGACGCGCCAGAGUUCACCUUCCUGCGGUUCGCGAGCAAGACGGGUCCGAAACUCUACGAGGCCGACACAAUCUACGCACUCUCCACCUGCUUCGCGGUCGGCGGAAAAGUGGAGAAACUCUACCACACUGGGAUGCCUCUCCUCAUUCGUCUGAAGCUCAGUCAAAUGGCGGACCCAGAACCUCUCGCCCGUGUCAGCAUGCGGCACGCCAGAUUCGUCUUCAAAGCCUACGCCAUGCUGGAUAAAUUGCUGCGAGCGCCGCAGUCGGAGGCGAACGCAGAGACACGGGAGGAGCAGCUGAAGCAACUGCAGAGCCUGCACAUCGUCCAGUUUCUCUUGUUUUAUCUUCGAAUGGAGCCUCUCACUGCCGCGCGAGACAACACACAGAGCUACCGGCGACUGGCUCGCGCUUUACUCGACUUCGCUCGACUCGACCCCGUGUACCAGGCUGCGACAGAGACCGUGCAGCCGCUGCCUUACGAGUUUUUUACGGAGCAGAAGGACUGGCAAAAUGUCAAGGUUGAAGUAUCGGGUUCUGAGGUCGACGAAACGAUCCGGAAACUGCGAACUUCUCUUACAAGAGACAGGUCACUUUCGGAAGACAGUUGGGCAGAUCUCGUCGACAUCAUGUUCGGCGUUUCUCUCGAUGGCCUGCGUGAGGUCGUCACGCGAGUCGUCUAUUCGAGAAAAACGUUUUUGCUGGAAGAGAAAAUUGGUAACGCGGUCAAGGAGGCAGUCGCGGCAACGUACAAAUUCGAUCCAAAUACGCAGUUGAUUGCAGAAGAUGCACCUGAUCGUCUCUUCGAAGUUGUGCGGACAGAUCUUGGCCUGUCGUAUCCCGACGACAGCGAACUGGGGAGGUUUUUGGUUCACAGAGUUUCCAAAAGCCACACUGCCUGGGCGACCGUGGAUCGUCUGGCGCGUCAGGCGCUGCGCCUUGCACUCCGCCGCGAGGAGAGAACUCGGCAAGUUUACGAGCAACUUCUGUCAGGCGAGAAACCUUCUUCUGAGAGCGAGAAGGCGUUUUUCGACUCGGUCUUCUCUGCUGUCUCAGUCGUGUCGGAAGCGAACUACUUUGGACUGUUCUGGGACUUCCCCUCCGCCGGCCUCUUUGGAGUUCCACCCGAAGAAAUGCAAGCCUACGUCCGGAAGACGCACCUCGCGUUCGUCGGAAAGAUGUGGCCUGUCGAAACUCAGAAGAAGAUUCUUGAAGCUGCAGUGAGAGUGACCGUUCGCGGUUUGAACGCGAGUCUCCCGGCGUCCCUCGUCGAUGUCUACGCAACUGUUUUCGCCGCUUUGCCGACGAAGGCGCCCGUCUCGCCUCCCUUCCUCUACGGUCUCGAACGCGAAGAAUACUCAUCUCUUCUGUUCGAUGCCAAGUUGCCGGAAUUCAAAGAAAUGGUUGCCUUUUGGGCUACCCGACACGAGCUCAACAUCGCCGUCCAAACCGCCGUCGGGAAGAUUCCAGACGCCACAAACCUCUCAGACGAAGACAUCGAGAAGCAGCUGGAAGGGAUGUUACCGGCGCAUCUUCGCUCCCCAUCGCCAGCGCGUUUCGGAUGGCCGCCGGAGGCCGUGGCCGACAACAUCAGACUGUUCAUCCGAGAAGCGAAGGAUGAAUUGGCACUUCAUGGACCAGACAUGGUGCAUAACCGGAUACGCGUGAAUGGGCGCAGCAAACCUCCGCGACGAGCAACUUUUCUGUUCCACGAAAUUUUCAGAAAAGCCAUCGCAUUCAAAAAGGACAUCUCUGUCCUCCAAUUCAAUCAGUUUUUCACCGACAUCCUCAAACAGAGUUUCGACCCCCAGUGCCGGCGCUUCAUCGCGGAGGUAAAAAAGAGAGUCAAGAGCGCUCCGGCCGAAUACGUGAGAGUCGCCGACACAGAAGCCGUUGCGCCGCUUUUCGAGGGAGAAGGCAAGGAUAUUUUAAAACUCGUCGCAGUCGAUCCUGCUGCUCGAGCAUCUGAUCCGGAACCGAACAACUGCUUCCUCUGGACACAAGCUUUCCUCGACGAUAAAACAAUCGUCGUGAGCUAGGCGACAGAAGACUGACGGGUCCACGGUGGAAAGGUUUCGGGCAGAGCACCUUUCCUUCGAUUUUCCCCGUUUUUCCUGUGCGUGGUCGUGAGGUGCGUCCCCUCAGAUCUUUUUCCCCCUUUUCUCCAACCUAUGGCAUUCUCCUUCUCUGACUUCUUCACUUCGUGAUCGGCGAUUCGUGUGGAACAACGCCAAGGACCCGCUUUGUCUUGUCUCUCGCUUCUUCUCUGUCUCCGGGACUUCCGCCUGCUCUGUUGUUUUCGUAGACAGCUGCAGACUCGUCGCCGUCUCCCCAUGCGGUCGUUGCCCUCUCUUUUCUCCCUCAACUCCUUUCUUCUGUCCAUCGCCCUCUUCUCGCUCUGCUGUUCUUUCUGACACCGUUUUGCGCGUUCUGCUUUAUGUUGAGAGCGUUUGUUUUUCGGGGUCCCGUCAAAUGAAUUUUGAUUGUUUUUUGCGCACGCGUCUCUCAACUCAAACCGAACGCUGCGUCAGGCUGUCCGCGCCUUUUCUCUCAACCUCUGUGUCUUUACUACCGGAUCCACCCGUGAGAUUCACUAUUCACGACCGUUGUCACCCGCCCAUCGCCUGCUCGAGAGAGAGGCGCCAUGCAAUUUGUCCAGACUAGGGAGAACAUGCGAGAGAGGCCAUAGCGAUAGCAUCUCUGUCCAGUGCCGUCUAUUUCCGGCCGUCGACCUCUGCUUUCCACUCCCCCCUUCUGGGCGUCUCGCCCCUUCGCCGACUUGUUUUCGUCUCUUGUUCUUUGUUGCCGCUGUUUCUUUUCUUCUUCUGUUCUUCUUUUCUUCAUCUUCUCUGUGUCUCCUGACUUCUCUCGCUCUUCCGCUCUGUUCCUACACGUUGCCGUCUUCUUCGCCGCCCUCACAGGAGAACAUGCGCGGCGCCUCACUGAGGUGACCGGGACUGGAGCUGGA